CUCUGCCGACGUCUCCACGCGCGCGGUGCGCGGGUUCGCUCCGCGUCGCGCUCGCGCGCGGUCCUCUGGUGAGCUUUCCGCUAGACGCGAGCGCUCGGGCGCCCGUCCGUGGCGACGCGCUGCAUCCAUCGGUCGAGUGGAUAGAUUGACUGACUGCACGCUGUCCAACGACUUUUCCGGUCGCGAUGUCGCGCGCGUGCGCGAGCCCGGCGUGCGUCGCUCGCGCAUCCGCGCGCGAUGCGACGCGCGCGGCGCUCUCGCGUCGCGAUAGGAAGCCGAGCUCGAGCGUCAAAGUCGCCCGGCGAGCGUCGCGGAGGUGCAGUCUGACCGCGACGAACGCGGCGAAGGCGUCGGCGAAGGAGUCGGCGACGUUAUCCAACAGGGAUUACCCCGAGGGCGAGUUAAUCUUGGGCAUGGAACUCCGCAUGCACUCGCUGAAAGCCGCGCCCGUGGAUACCGCGAACGCGGAGUUCAUGCGCCCGGGCGUGACCGCGGAGCUCGAGGACCUCUCCGAGGAGUCCGUGCGCGCGGCGGUGAGGAAAGUCAUAAAACAUUUCAACUGGAACGGCCCCGUCGGCGUCAGCGUCACCAGGGCGAUCAUGCGGACGUUAGGGAAUCAGCAAGCGGCGAAACGAUUAGAAAGGAUGAUGCCCGAGACGAAAGGCAAAGUAGCGACGAUGAUUCACACGGAAGCCGCGGGGUACGCGGAGAUGUAUUUCGGCCCCGGGUUGAAAGAACACGGCGUCGUCGUCGUCGCGACGAUCGGCAAAGGCAUGGGCACGGUGACGUACAACAACGGCCAGAAAGUUCGCAACUCGGACUUGAAGCACCUGACGUGGACGUACGAGCGCGAGCUAGGGAAGCUUCGCGAGCGGUGGGGGUGGGACGGGUACGCGCCGGACAUUCCUCCGGAGAAGGACGAAGCCGUGCUUCACGAGCGGUACGCGCUCGCGGGACCGGCGCGGCCGCUGUACCGCCGCGACGGCGAUUUGACGCGCGACUUCGAGGAAGAGGAAGUCGCCGCGUUCCGGCCGAUCCUCGCGUACGCGACGCUCGUGGACAAGUACCUUCAGAAGAUCGCGGGCGCGGUGAAGCCGGAUAAGAUCAUCCUCCUCACGACCGGCGCGGCGUCGCAGUUACCGGAGGACGCGCUCUUCGCGCUUCUGCAGCCCGGGAUCGCGAGCAAAGGGUUGAGCGGGGACACGAUCGUGAUGGGGGAAUUCCCGACGAUGGCGCUCGUGAAGGGCGCCGCGAUCGGCGCGCACGUGGAGCUCGGCAGGCGCCAAGCCGGGGAGGUUUUACGCGCGGCGGUGACGAACACCAUCGUCGGCGACCCAAAACCACGGGAAUUAUUCGAAGAGGACCUCUUGUGGAUCUUCCGAAAGCUCGACCGCGACAAGGACGGCGUGAUCAGCCACGACGACCUACUUCAGGGUGUUAAAUUCCUUGGCACGAGCUUCUCGGACGCGGAAGUCAAAGGUCUGCUGCGCGACUUCACCGGAGGGAUGAAAGAAGUCGCGACUGCGGAGCAGUUCACGGCGUGGUUCGCGAGAGCGCUGAAACUCGCCGUCGCGCACGUGCACGAGGUGCACUCCGAGGAUGAGUUCAACCGGUUCGUCAAGGAGUGGCAAGAGAAGACCGUGAACGUAGAGACGACCGGCGGGACGAUGACGGACGAGGACGGGUCGUUGGUCGUCCUCGAGUGCGGGUACACGCACUGCCGACCGUGCAUGAAAUUCGAGAAGACGUACGAGGGCGUCGCGAAGAAGUACCAGGACGCGCUGUUCUUGAAAGUUCUCGGCGACGCGUGCCCGGGGGCGGCGCACUUGUGCCGGGACGUGCUCGAGAUUCAAGGCACGCCGGAAUUUAGGUUUUACCGAGGCAAGAAGCUGCUUCACGUGAUGCGAGGCGCGGAUCGCGGCAAGUUGGAAAGGACCGUGCAAGAGUACCUGGGGCUGAACCCCCCGGUCGAAGAGCCGGCCGCGGUGCCGGCUUCGAGAUGA